UCUCACACCUUAACUCUUCAACCUAACCUUGACAGCAAACCGCAGGAAUAAGCGCAGCAUUUCAUGAAGCAGGAUCUCUUGGAAAAAAAAAGCAAAUUAAACUUCCACGGCAGGUGAAGAUCUUCGGGAUUUGGACUCAGAGACAGUGAAACAAGCGUGAUCUUUCUAGCAGGAUUGUGUGCUGGGCUGAUCUCUUGUUUUGAUUUUUCACUGGACAGGAUUUAAUCAGUCUCCUCAGGGAACUUUAUCCAAACUGUGGAAGUACACGCUGUGCAGCAUUUGCAGUAAGUUCACUUCAUAAUUUGUCUUUAACAGGACAUUUGUUUGAACACUCCAUGACAAUGCCAGUGGUCAAAGUGGAGAAGGACUCUCCAGCAGACACCUCAUCUGUCUCCAACCCUCCCACGCAGACAGAGGAGCAGCCCAGAGGUCGAAGGAGGAAGAGACCUCUCCAGCGAGGGAAACCCCCUUACAGCUACAUAGCGCUCAUUUCCAUGGCCAUAGCCAAUUCCCCUGACCGCAAGCUGACUUUGGGGGGCAUCUACAAAUUCAUCACAGAGCGCUUCCCCUUCUACAGAGACAAUUCAAAGAAAUGGCAGAACUCAAUCCGCCAUAACUUGACUCUCAAUGAUUGCUUUAUCAAGAUUCCUCGAGAGCCGGGACGGCCAGGAAAGGGCAACUACUGGGCUCUAGACCCAAACGCAGAGGACAUGUUUGAGAGCGGAAGCUUCCUGAGGCGCAGGAAGAGGUUUAAGCGCUGUGACUUCAGCACUUACACCUCAUACGUCCAUGAGACACCAGUUUUCUCUCCUGUCCAGAUUGCCAGAUCAGCUGCAUAUGCCAACUCAGUCUACCCCAACAUGACAGUAAGUCCAACAUACGGGCAGCAGCUGCCCUCUGCCUAUUACCCCUCUUCAUCUCCACCUGGGUUUGGACCUGGUCAGACCCGCAUGUUCAGCAUCAAUAACAUCAUAGGUCACCCGACUCCAGCCAGUGUGCUCGGAGGUCAAGGACCAGAGGUGAUGCAGCAGCCGAACCGGAGCUUCAGUCCUGAGGGACUACCAAAUGGAUCAAAUCCCUGCAGCCUGGGAGCCCCAGCUUUCCAAAGCCAACCAUGUGGAGGAGCAUCCCGCUCCUCUACGCAUCCCGGGUUCACCUACUCUGGGCCGAAUAGCCACCCGCACCACCAUGCACACCAGGGUUCGUAUGGACAGGGCCACACCCAGGGGUACGCAGUGACAGGACGCCUCCAUUCUUCAGCCCACGGGUCUGUAGAGCCCAUGGACCAUUAUGGCAGGGUCUCCCCAGUGCAGUUGGGCUCUUUCUCCCAGUAUAGCAGUGCUGCAGGUCCUAUCUCCAACACCGGGGGUUACCUGAGACACCCCACGUACCCAGGGAAUAUGGACAGGUUUGUGUCUGCCAUCUAAGCUACUGAGAAUCUAGAUCCGAGCAUCUCAUUGUGAACAGAGACUUGACGCGGCACCAAGUGAGCCAGACAUUAAACAGACUGAUUUAAAAAAAAAA